AAGGCAGAGAAGACGCCCUGGACAGCCUGCCAGAGCUGCUGCCCAGGAACGAGGCUGGCAGGUGGAGGUUAUCCUGACCAAGGUGGCUGCAGGCCCUGCAGGUGACAGGGCAGGAGGCCAGACCCCGUGAUCACAGGCCAACAGGCAGGGACUGGGGUAUCCCCUGUGUCCCUCAUGAGGCUACAGCACUGAGGCCCGGUGCAGCCCCUCAGGCCCAGACACCAGCAGGGAUGGCCGUCAUUGCCCUGUGUUCCAGCUCGCCGCGAUGAAGGCCGCAGCCGAGUUCGUGGUCGAGAGCCCGGACGUGGUCUACGGCCCCGAGGCCAUCGAGGCACAGUACGAGUACAGGACGACAGGCGUCAGCCGCGAGGGCGGUGUCCUCAAGGUGCGCCCCACGUCCACGCGCUUCACCUUCCGGACCGCCCGGCAGGUGCCCCGGCUCGGGGUCAUGCUUGUCGGCUGGGGCGGGAACAACGGCUCCACGCUCACCGCCGCCGUGCUGGCCAACCGACUGCGUCUGUCCUGGCCCACGCGCACCGGCCGCAAGGAGGCCAACUACUACGGCUCGCUGACGCAGGCGAGCACCGUUAGCCUGGGCCUGGACGCCGAGGGCCAGGAGGUGUUCGUGCCCUUCAGCGCACUGCUGCCCAUGGUGGCGCCCAACGACCUCGUGUUCGACGGCUGGGACAUAUCGUCGCUGAAUCUGGCCGAGGCGAUGCGGCGCGCGCAGGUGCUGGACUGGGGGCUGCAGGAGCAACUGUGGCCACACAUGGAGCCCUUACGCCCACGCCCCUCCAUCUACAUCCCCGAGUUCAUCGCCGCUAACCAGAGUGUGCGCGCCGACAACCUCAUCCCAGGCACGCGAGCGCAGCAGCUGGAGCAGAUCCGCAGAGACAUCUGCGACUUCCGGUCCAAGGCUGGGCUGGACAAAGUCAUCGUGUUGUGGACAGCAAACACGGAGCGCUUCUGCGAAGUGGUCCCGGGCCUCAAUGACACCGCUGAGAACCUGCUGCGCACCAUCGAGCUGGGCCUCGAGGUGUCGCCCUCCACGCUCUUCGCCGUGGCCAGCAUCUUGGAAGGCUGUGCCUUCCUCAACGGGUCCCCACAGAACACACUAGUGCCUGGUGCCCUUGAGCUCGCAUGGCAGCGCCGCGUCUUUGUGGGCGGAGACGACUUCAAGUCCGGCCAGACCAAGGUCAAGUCCGUGCUUGUGGACUUCCUUAUCGGCUCCGGCCUGAAGACCAUGUCCAUCGUGAGCUACAACCACCUAGGCAACAAUGAUGGGCAAAACCUGUCAGCACCGCCCCAGUUCCGCUCCAAGGAGGUGUCCAAGAGCAGUGUGGUGGAUGACAUGGUGCAGAGCAACCCAGUGCUCUACGCACCCGGCGAGGAGCCCAACCACUGCGUGGUCAUCAAGUACGUGCCCUAUGUGGGCGACAGCAAGCGUGCACUGGAUGAGUACACAUCGGAGCUCAUGAUGGGCGGCACCAACACGCUGGUGCUGCAUAACACAUGUGAGGACUCUCUCCUGGCUGCACCCAUCAUGCUGGAUCUGGUACUGCUGACAGAGCUGUGCCAGCGUGUGAGCUUCUGCACCGACGCUGACCCGGAGCCACAGAGCUUCCACCCAGUGCUGUCGCUGCUCAGCUUUCUCUUCAAGGCACCGCUGGUGCCACCAGGCAGCCCCGUGGUCAACGCACUCUUCCGCCAGCGCAGCUGCAUCGAGAACAUCCUAAGGGCCUGCGUGGGGCUCCCGCCGCAGAACCACAUGCUUCUGGAGCACAAGAUGGAGCGCCCCUGCCUCAGGCAAGGCCAGCCUGUGGCCCCUGCCUAUGCUGGGCCUUGCAAGAAGGGGUCAGCCCCGACUGCCCCCAACGGCUGUGUCGGUGAUGCCAAUGGUCAUACAAAGGCCGAGGCACCCCAGAUGCUCACCACCUGAGCCCUAGCCACACACCUCCCCCAUGACUCCUGCCCCCUUGCGCUUCAGGACCCGAACCUCCCAGGCCCAGCCCGAAACAAUAAAGCCAGUGCACCCUC